ACCAAGCGCUUAACCAUUGGGGUGGAGGAGAAGGCGGCGGCUGUCCGGUCCGCACCCGCAACAGUAGUGAAUAAUAGAGCUAAUGGACUGCUGAAUUAUGAAGUAUUUCAGACUCAGUCGUAGAUCAUCACUCCAUCACUCUCUCCUUUAUCGCCUACUAGUUAUUUAAAUUGGACUUUUAAUAUCCUACCAGCUGCUCUCCAGACACACAUGGUGCAUUGCUGCCAUUCCCCGGAUUGCAUCUUUGAAACACACUCUCUCGGUAGUCUUCAGCGAACAAAGAGGCCACCUCCCGGUACGGCUACCGGGAGGGAGUCAUCCUGACCGCCCCCUAGCCUUGGCCGGAUCUGGAUUUGAAUCCUACCAUGGAACCUCGAAUGGAGUCCUGUCUGGCCCAGGUGCUGCAGAAGGAUGUGGGGAAACGGCUGCAGGUUGGCCAGGAACUCAUAGACUAUUUCUCAGACAAGCAGAAGUCUGCCGACCUUGAGCAUGACCAGACCAUGUUAGAUAAGCUUGUGGACGGACUCGCUACCUCUUGGGUGAACUCUAGCAAUUACAAGGUGGUUCUCCUGGGCAUGGACAUCCUAUCUGCUCUGGUGACAAGGCUGCAGGACCGGUUCAAGGCGCAAAUCGGCACCGUGUUGCCAAGUCUAAUAGACAGACUGGGAGAUGCUAAGGACUCCGUGAGGGAGCAAGACCAGACCCUGCUGCUCAAGAUCAUGGAUCAAGCUGCUAACCCCCAGUACGUGUGGGACAGAAUGCUCGGAGGCUUCAAACACAAGAACUUCCGCACGAGAGAGGGCAUCUGCCUCUGCCUUAUUGCAACACUCAAUGCCUCUGGGGCCCAGACUCUAACACUAAGCAAGAUUGUGCCACAUAUAUGUAACUUACUGGGAGAUCCCAACAGCCAGGUUAGAGAUGCAGCAAUAAACAGUCUGGUGGAGAUUUACAGACAUGUAGGCGAACGUGUGAGGGCAGACCUCAGUAAGAAAGGGCUGCCACAGUCCCGGUUGAAUGUCAUUUUUACAAAAUUUGAUGAAGUCCAAAAGUCUGGAAAUAUGAUACAGUCUGCAAAUGAUAAAAAUUUUGAUGACGAGGAUUCUGUGGAUGGAAAUAGGCCUUCUUCUGCCAGCUCCUCAUCAUCCAAGGCUCCAUCUAGUUCCCGGAGGAAUGUUAGCAUGGGGACCACCCGUCGGCUCGUGUCGUCCAGUCUUGGAUCUAAGUCUUCAGCCGCAAAGGAAGGUGCCGGUGCUGUGGAUGAAGAGGACUUUAUUAAAGCCUUUGACGAUGUUCCUGUUGUGCAGAUUUACUCUAGCCGAGACCUCGAGGAAUCCAUAAACAAAAUUAGAGAAAUCCUUUCAGAUGACAAGCAUGACUGGGAGCAGAGAGUCAAUGCUCUAAAAAAGAUGAGGUCGUUGCUUUUGGCCGGGGCUGCUGAGUAUGAUAACUUCUUCCAACACUUGCGUCUGCUGGAUGGAGCCUUCAAACUCUCUGCUAAAGACUUGCGGUCGCAGGUAGUGCGGGAAGCUUGCAUCACAUUGGGGCAUCUGUCAUCAGUUCUGGGAAAUAAGUUUGAUCAUGGAGCUGAAGCCAUUAUGCCAACUAUCUUUAAUUUAAUCCCAAACAGUGCCAAAAUUAUGGCUACUUCUGGUGUUGUAGCUGUGAGGCUAAUCAUUCGGCACACGCACAUCCCUCGGCUAAUCCCUGUCAUAACAAGCAACUGUACCUCUAAGUCUGUCGCGGUUAGAAGGCGCUGUUUUGAAUUUUUAGAUUUACUUUUACAAGAAUGGCAGACACAUUCACUAGAAAGACACAUAUCAGUAUUAGCGGAAACAAUAAAGAAAGGGAUACACGACGCUGAUUCUGAAGCAAGAAUAGAAGCCAGAAAGUGCUACUGGGGUUUCCACAGUCACUUCAGCCGAGAAGCAGAGCACUUGUACCACACUCUGGAGCCCUCCUACCAGAAAGCCUUGCAGUCCCACUUGAAGAACUCAGACAGCAUCGUGUCUCUGCCCCAGUCAGACCGAUCUUCCUCCAGCUCUCAGGAGAGCCUCAACCGGCCCCUUUCUGCCAAGAGAAGUCCCACCGGCAGCACCACGUCCAGAGGCUCUACAGUUAGUACCAAAUCUGUGUCAACGACAGGAUCCCUGCAGCGGUCUCGAAGCGACAUUGACGUGAACGCAGCCGCCAGUGCCAAAUCCAAAGUCUCCUCGUCCUCAGGCUCCACUGCCUUCAGCUCUGCAGCAGCGCUGCCUCCAGGGUCCUAUGCAUCUUUAGAGUCCAGACACGUGAGGGAAGACUUGGAGUACGUAGGCCUGGAUGCAGGUCGGAUCCGCACAAGACGGCAGAGCUCGGGGAGCACCACCAAUGUUGCCUCCACACCCUCAGACAGUCGGGGCCGCAGUCGCGCCAAAGUGGUUUCCCAGUCUCAGCGAUCCAGAUCUGCUAACCCCGCUGGUGCUGGCAGCCGGUCGAGUUCCCCUGGGAAGCUGUUGGGGAGUGGCUAUGGUGGACUUGCUGGGGGUUCCUCAAGAGGCCCACCUGUCACACUGUCUUCAGAAAAACGGAGCAAAAUCCCCAGGAGUCAGGGAUGUAGCCGAGAAACAAGUCCUAACCGGAUAGGACUAGCACGGAGCAGCCGUAUCCCCCGACCCAGCAUGAGUCAGGGGUGCAGCCGCGAUACCAGCCGUGAGAGCAGCCGCGAUACCAGCCCUGCUCGGGGCUUCGCUCCGCUCGCUUCUCGACGUCAUUCCAGGUCCACUAGUGCCCUCUCCACUGCUGAAUCUGUUGGGCAGUCAGAUCGGUUUGGGCUGGGCCAGUCAGGAAGAAUCCCUGGUUCCGUGAAUGCCAUGCGAGUGUUGAGCACCAGCACAGACCUGGAAGCCGCAGUGGCCGACGCGCUGCUGUUAGGAGACGCCAGGAGCAAGAAGAAGCCUGUGAGGAGGAGGUACGAGCCCUAUGGAAUGUACUCUGACGAUGACGCCAACAGUGACGCCUCCAGUGUGUGCUCUGAGCGCUCAUACGGCUCCAGGAAUGGCGGUAUUCCUCAUUAUCUGCGGCAGACUGAGGACGUAGCCGAAGUUCUUAAUCACUGUGCUAGUUCCAACUGGUCGGAAAGGAAAGAGGGGCUCCUGGGCCUGCAGAACUUACUGAAGAGCCAAAGAACACUGAGUCGAGUAGAGUUGAAGAGAUUGUGUGAGAUUUUCACGCGAAUGUUUGCUGACCCUCACAGCAAGAGAGUUUUCAGUAUGUUUUUGGAGACCCUCGUGGAUUUUAUAAUCAUUCAUAAGGAUGACUUGCAAGACUGGCUUUUCGUCCUUCUCACACAAUUACUUAAGAAAAUGGGAGCAGACUUACUUGGAUCUGUGCAAGCGAAAGUUCAGAAGGCACUGGAUGUCACCAGGGACUCUUUCCCAUUUGAUCAACAAUUUAACAUUUUGAUGAGAUUUAUUGUGGAUCAGACGCAAACUCCAAACCUCAAGGUCAAAGUCGCAAUCCUGAAAUACAUUGAGUCUCUGGCCAGGCAGAUGGACCCCACAGAUUUUGUAAACUCCAGCGAAACAAGGCUUGCUGUUUCUAGAAUCAUAACGUGGACUACAGAACCAAAGAGUUCAGACGUGAGAAAGGCGGCACAGAUUGUGCUUAUCUCUCUGUUUGAAUUGAACACGCCUGAAUUUACCAUGUUACUUGGUGCCUUGCCAAAAACAUUCCAGGAUGGUGCCACCAAACUCCUGCAUAACCACCUCAAGAACUCCAGUAACACCAGUGUGGGAUCUCCAAGCAAUACAAUUGGCCGGACACCUUCCCGACACCCCAGCAGCAGGACCAGCCCCCUGACCUCACCCACCAACUGUUCCCAUGGGGGACUAUCUCCAAGUCGGUUGUGGGGUUGGAGUGCCGAUGGGCUAUCGAAGCCCCCACCUCCCUUUUCUCAGCCUAACUCCAUUCCCACCGCUCCCUCCCACAAGACUCUCAGGCGCUCUUACUCUCCCAGCAUGCUGGACUAUGAUACAGAGAACCUGAACUCUGAAGAAAUCUAUAGCUCUUUGCGUGGAGUUACAGAAGCCAUCGAGAAGUUCAGCUUCCGAAGCCAAGAGGACCUGAACGAGCCAAUUAAGCGAGAUGGCAAGAAGGAUUGUGAUAUCGUGUCCCGAGACGGGGGAGCCGCCUCACCUGCCACCGAAGGCCGGGGAGGUGGUGAGGUGGAAGGAGGGAGGACAGCUUUGGACAACAAGACCUCCCUGCUCAACACGCAGCCUCCACGUGCCUUCCCAGGGCCACGAGCACGGGAGUAUAACCCGCAUCCCUACUCAGACACCAUCAACACCUAUGACAAGACGGCUCUGAAGGAGGCGGUGUUUGAUGAUGACAUGGAGCAGCUCCGAGAUGUGCCCAUUGACCACUCGGACCUGGUGGCGGACUUGCUGAAAGAGCUAUCCAACCACAACGAGCGUGUGGAGGAGCGGAAGGGAGCACUGCUGGAGCUGCUCAAGAUCACCAGGGAAGACAGCCUGGGCGUGUGGGAGGAGCACUUCAAGACCAUCCUGCUGCUGCUGCUGGAAACUCUAGGGGACAAGGAUCAUUCCAUUCGAGCUCUGGCACUGAGAGUUUUACGAGAGAUUCUGAGAAACCAGCCAGCAAGAUUCAAAAACUACGCAGAACUGACCAUCAUGAAGACGCUGGAAGCCCACAAAGACUCCCACAAAGAGGUGGUAAGAGCUGCUGAGGAAGCUGCCUCCACGCUCGCCAGCUCGAUCCACCCGGAGCAGUGCAUCAAAGUGCUGUGCCCAAUCAUCCAGACGGCCGACUACCCCAUCAACCUGGCUGCCAUCAAGAUGCAGACCAAAGUGGUAGAGAGGAUCACCAAGGAGUCCUUGCUGCAGCUCCUUGCCGACAUCAUCCCAGGCCUGCUGCAGGGUUACGACAACACGGAGAGCAGUGUACGCAAGGCCAGCGUGUUUUGCUUAGUGGCAAUCUAUUCCGUAAUCGGAGAAGAUCUGAAACCUCACCUUGCACAGCUCACGGGGAGCAAGAUGAAGUUGCUGAACUUAUACAUAAAGAGGGCCCAGACCACCAACAGCAACAGCAGCUCCUCCUCUGACGUGUCCACACACAGCUAGUGGCUGUGCCAGUCUGUGCAGAACACAUAUUGGUGGUACCUCUGAGAAGCCCCAUCAGCUGCCCAGUCCAUUCGAGGAGGCCGCACAUAAUUUAUUACAAUCAGUAUUUCAGUCCCUUCCAGCUUUUGUGUAGAAUUUUGCUGGUAUUGAAUGUAAUGGAAGCAAGGCCUGUUAUACAGUCUCCCUAGAAACAAAAGGACUGAGAAAUGAAGAGCCAUACUUACACGUGUCUUGCACCGCCUGCUGACAUCACCAAACCAUGGAGGGCAAAGUUCUUAGAAACCAGAGCUCUCCAGCCAGUGCUUGGUACACAGUAGCAUAUUUUUUCAGUCCAUGCGGACUUGGGGGUGGUUUGGGGUGUUGCUGUGUGUUCUUUAUGCUCAUGUUCUUAGAGUGUGGUCAGAUGGGACAAGACCCCAACCUGUUUUUCCACCUGACGCUGAGAAAGGCUGUGUGUGUCUUUAGGUUUUGUCUUAAGAGACCUUGUCAAAGUGGGACUGCAGUCUGGGCAAGGAAAGGACAACCAUGCGGAUCUGGCCUCAUGACAAACAAGUGGGGUUGGCUUCUCGGGGAGACGGGAGCCAACUGGGAAUGGAAUCAGCAAUGCCACCACCGUUUUCAUGGUUGCAUUAAAUAAAAGGUGACUGCAGAACGCCAA